AUGACUGUUGGCGCGCCAUCGCUCGCUUCCUCUGCUGCGUCUCAUGAGGUACCGGUACCUAUACCUUUGAUCGUAUCCAUACGAGGUCGGGAACAAUUGCUCUUGACAUGGAGAACAAGAGAUGCAAAAACACGACAUGAAGGACGCAGUCAGUCGACAUGGCACAAAAACGCCAAGACCCAAGCUUUGCAACCGUUAUAUGGGGGAUCUGUUAGCCCUUUUCUUUCCCUCCUUCCCCUCCCCCCCAGUCUCUUGGCACAUCGGGCCCUGUCCUGGAUCGCCAAGACCACGGGACAAGACGCUGGAAAACUUGGAAUUUGCUUGUUUUCGGUGCUGGCGACUUGGCGCGCCUGGGCACUGCGUGGUACGCCACGAACUGCCGGCAGAACCGCCGGCCAUGUACACUACCUACCUACCCACGCAGCUACGGUAGCUACUGUCUUCGAUUGUUCAGCCGUCAGUCUAUGUACAGUCUACAGUCUACAAGGCGCACGCAUCGUGCAAGGAUGCAACUCCUUUCGAAGCACAGUUGCUUAG